AUGAGGAGUCCUCAAAGUGUGAGAAAGGUAUUUGAUCAAACCUCAUAAAAACUCAGAGUCAGUUUUUAUUCUUAAGAACAGAAAAGCUUCAGGUCUCAAACACACGAUCUUUACGGUGGAGCAGGAUUUGUCAGGAUUGAUCAGAAACACGCUGUAGGAAUAUAAAGCACCUUUUCCACUCAGGAUCACAAAGUGUUUUUUGUUGCAGACUGAGAUCAGGCCUCAGCCUGUACACUGAGUACCAAGAACCCCUGUGGCUCUCUCUCUCUCUCUCUCUCUCUCUCUCUCUCUCUCUCUCGCUCCCGUGGCCCCCGUGGCGAUAUUAUCUGCUGGCUCGGUGACUGAAAGUUGUGUAAUCCUCUUCUAUUGUGUCACUUCAAUUGUUGCCUUGUUUGUGCGCCUCUCUCUGGUAUCCAUCACUGUCUGGUUGAGGCCUGACGCUCUUCGCCUCUUCAUGUCUCCUUUGGGGGGGAAGUUUCUGAAAUAGUUUUUGAAGGAAGCAGGUUCUGGCAGAGGUUCAGAUGUUCUUAGUUACUGAAACAUUUGAGGGUCUUUUUUUACUCGCUCCUCUCUCCAAACGCUGCAGGUCCUUCUUUUCAUCCUCUGCCACCAACUGCGUUUUGUUUCCACCUGCAGCUUCUCUCCUCCGUUUCUAUUUCUGUCUGCAGCCUCUCUGAUCUUCCCAUCUGCCUUUUCUCUUUCCGGAUACAAACCAAAAGAAAAAAUAGAGAUGCCUGCAGGCUCCCGUCCAGCAGGGUGACGUGUUCCUGCAGGACAUCUGCAUUAUCCUCCUCAGCUGAUUUGUGUUGGCGAGCAGCUCAGAUGGAUGCUGCCUUGGCCUCGAGUCUCAAAGAGCCGCAGGUCCCUCUGACUCUGCUGUGUUAGCAUCGCUGUGGCAACAGGACGGAUAAAUCUCUGGGUCUGCAGCCGCCUUUGUGAGGGAAGACAAAGCAGACACUUCCUGAGCGCUCUCGGCCCAUAAACUGUCGUCAGGUCUUCAUUUGUCCACAUCAGGUCACUUCCCAGAAACCGGGAAACCCCAAAGAGGACCGACUUGGAUCAGAGAGAGAGCAGACCUCCAUAAAAGCUGUUUUAGUUCUUAUUAGAGGGUCAUUAAAGGAAGCACGCCCGGUUCUGUCUCAUUAAUCUGCACUGAUCUCACUUUUUUAACGACAUGGUCAACCUUUCAAAUCCUUUUUCUCCUGAUGAAAUGAAGCUGUUUUUCCAACAUUAGGAGCUCCACUGAGUCUGAAAACAUCGAACUAACCAGUCUGUGACGACCUGAGCGACCUUCGAGCUGCAGGUUCAGAAACAAACGCAAAAACACGUUCAACAGGCUGCAAAAUGAAAAUUCACGAAUAAGUGCAUCGACAGCGAACUUUCUCCAAAAACACAGAAUCCUGAUGUUUGAAGUCCAAGUUUUACUUCUGACCUUCUCGAUAAAACAGCUCCUCAAAAUCUAGUCAGUAAAAUUUCCUCCUCUGUCUUCAAACGUUCACGUCUGACUGAUCAGAUCCAAGCUCUUUAACUCUCAGCUUCUCCUGCAAAGAUCUCCUCUUAAACGGUAUUAUUUAAGAUCUUCUGUUCGACGGUUUUACUUCCAGCUUCUCCUGCAGAUCGUCUGUUUCGAUGUAUUAUUUUCAGAUUCUCCUUCAUGGAUCUCCUCCUCACAAACUCUCUUCUUUUCAGCGUCUCCUGCUUAAACCUCGAACCCCUCUAAUUAAAGCUUCCUUUACAAAGAUCUCCUCUUCAUCAUCUUCGUCUUCUCCUGCACAGAUCUUCCUUAAAGUGGUUUUAUUAUUUUAUGUCCUUCAACUGUGAAGCUCCUCCUGAAACAGAAUUAUUGGAUCUAUUUUCAGCUUCUCCGUCUUCAUCCUGUAUUUUAUUCUUAACUUCAGCUUCAUAUUUGGUUCAACAGCUCAGUUCAGAGGAGCUCCUGGUUCUUGUGUCGAUAAUGAACUUCUAAACACCACAGAAGGUUGAGACCGAGACCAGCUGAAGGAGACUCAGACUCUUGUGAACUUCGCUGGUUUUCUCUUGAACCAAAAGCCAAACCUCAUCAUCGCUUUACAGAAACUGAGAGGCUGCAGGAGAUAAAGUCAGGAGGAGGAGGAGGAGCAGGAGGACACAUUCCUCCUGAAGAUCCUUGAUUUUCCAAGAACACGAUUUGUGUUUUUUUCUGUUGACAGGCUGGAGUCAGAGUCGGAGUCAGAGACCGACCUCAGAGGAAGACAGGAAACGAAGACCGACCUCCAGACCCGGACCGGGAGGCUGAGACCCGGCGUCAGACCAAGAUGGAGCAGGUCCAGAAACAUUCAGAUCCAGGAACUCCUCCUGCUUCAUGAUGAGUUUUUCUUCUUCAUCAUCUCCUCAUCUGUCAGUGCUGUUACUCCUUCUGCUCUGUUUGUCCUGCAGCUCCAUCUAGAGGCCUAUUGGAGCAUGCACAGGCUGAGAGACGCUCUCUGUCAGCGUUAUUCAGCUCUGCUCAGAGACAAAGUCAACUCUCAGAGGAUCCAGCUGCUGCAGAGACGAGAGGCAGAGAGAGUGAAGUCAGAGGGUCUGAAGACACCGGUAAAGAUCAACUUUAAAGAAAAUAAAAACUCUCUUUAGUUUUCAGAUGAAAUUAUUCUCAUGAAAGUCAAACCACCAAUAAAAGCUGCUUCUUUAUUUCUUAUCGAGGCUCCUGAGUGCAGGUUUCUCUCUGUUUAUAAUCUGCUUCACACCCUCAGAUCUUUGUUUGCAGAAAAAAAGGAUCAUUAAAAUACAAAGUGAACGAACAGACUCGCUGCAGAAAUGCUCAAAAGAAGAAAACAGACCUUCUUGUCCUCCUGUGGUCGCUGAUCGGACUGAUUUCUGAUUGAUUUAUCUCUCUCUCUCUCUCUCUCUCUCUCUCUCUCUCUCUCUCUCUCUCUCUCUCUCUCUCUCUCUCUCUCUCUCGUCUUGUUUGGGUGUUAAAAGAGCAGUAAGGAGGGUGUCUGUCUGAGGUGGGUCAGAUCCUGUCUUACUCCCCCUCCUGUAAAAGCUGACCCCCUCAGGAGGACGUGGUUGUCCUCUCUAAUGACCCUCUCUCAGUUCGAGGACAAAGACGCUCCAUAAAGACGCUCCAUAAAGUCCCAGUUUUCUGCUUCAAACCUCGAACCAAAUAAACCCGUGCAGCGUUGACAGAGGUGAGGCAGAGGCGGGGACUCCUGCUGGGCUCUAAUUGGUCCUUUCUGCGGUUAAUGGCGUCCUGCGGUUGUGUGUUUACUUCUCGUUUAACAUGAAGACUGAGUUUAUGUCUCUGUUCCCACAGCUCUGUCUCUGACUGUUUCUGUCUGCACACAGAGAAUCAUGAGGACCACCUUCUCAAAGCUGCAGCACGACGACUCCCACCUGAAGACCCUCCACAAAACCAGCUUCUACCUGGUGGGUUUGACCCCCAAACUCAGAGAAGGAUCUAGAAACCUGAGAAACGUUUAUUCACAGAAACAGAUCUGGAUUUACCGCCUGUGAACAGAAAACUCUGAUAAAGUCCAAACUGAUUCACUCUUGACUGAUGUUUGAGAGUUUGAAGGUGCAGAAAUGAAAACCUUCAGAGGUCAGAUGUUAGACUGAAACACUCCCUAGUUCACCCCUUCUGCAGUAAAACUACGGUGGCCUUUAAGGACAAGAUUCAAGAGGAAUAUAAUCCUCCAUUUGUUGAAUUUUUACCUUAAAAAAAUAUCGACCAACACUAAUUAAUUUUCACAACAACAGCCUCUCUUCUUCUUCUUCUUCUUCUUCUUCCAAAAACAUGUGCCCGACUAGUUUGUCCCUUCUGUGUUACCGUAGAAACGGGAUCCUGUAAGGAUAUCAAGUAAAAGAAAUGUAAAACAAUAAUAUGAAAUAAUAAUAAUACAAAAUAAUGAUAAUAAUAAUAAUAAAAAUAAUGAUAAUAAUAAUAAUAAAAUAAUAAUUAUUAUUAUCAUAAUAAAUACAUUAUAAAUAAAUAUUAUUUUUAAUAAAAUAACUAAAAUAAUAAAAAUAGAUUUUUUUAUUAUAAUAAUAAUAUUAUAAUAAUACUUAUAAUAAUUGAAACAAUAAUUAUUAUAUUUACUAUUAUUAUAAUUAUAGUAAUCAUAUUAUUUUAUAUUAUUAUUAUUAUCAAUAAUAAUAUAAAAUAAUAAUAAUAAAAGUUAAUAAUUAUAUAAAAUUAGAUUUUAUACUUGUGAAAAUAAUAAUUAUUAUGUUUUUUAUUAUUUUUUAAAAACAAUAAUAAUAUAUAAUAUAAAAUAAUCUGUAUUUACUUCUCAGCUCUUUAUAAAAUCCAUGUUUCAACGGAAAAAUCAGAAAAGUGUAAAAUCGCCUUUUUCAAAGAGAUAAACCAGUUUGUCAAAAAUCUGCACCAAAUAAGAAGGAGAUUUUCGAUCAGGACGCUGUGAAGGAAUUUGAUCAAAUAAGGAAAAGUGACUAAAGUGAACAGGAGGAGUUAAUCAAUCAGGAAACUAGAGCAGAAUAAGAUAAAUCUGUGUUUUUAUGGCAGGUGAAGCUCAAUAACUUUAAAAUAGUCACCGUAGAUGUUUAAAGUUUUUUAAUCCUCCUCCUCCGACUCUCAUCGAUCUGUUAUAAUAAAGUUUUCUGUCCUUCUCUGAGAUCUUUGACCUCCAGACUCAGUUAGCAGAACGUGGACGUCUGCAAACCCACCAGGACCUGGAGGACUUUCACAGACUCAUCGAGUACAGACGCCCCCCCUCAGAGCUGCAGAAGAGUCUGGAGGACGUCCGCAGGAGAAGCUCAGUCACAGUUUAG